CUUGAGUAAAAUUGGUCAAAAGUAAACAUUAGCUUUAAACUUCAACAUCUGCUUGUGUUAAGAGUGACAAGAAAUCCUUUUAUUAAUGUUGUUGUUUAUUUGGCUUUUUUUAGGGCCAUUAAAAGUUGUGUGAUGCACAAUCCAUAAUUAGAAUUUACAGCAGUAGAUUAAAGGCUUAUCCAAAAAAUUCCUCAGAGCUCAGCUGCAACCCUGCUGAUGUUGGUGUACCAGAAAGCUAAUUGGAAACCGGACUGUUGUGUGUUAUGCGAUACUGAAUGUCACAUAUAACAACAAUAUUAUUAUUGCUUUAACUGAGAAUAUCCCACUGAGUGGGUGUGCAUGUAUUGGGUCUGUAUGAAAAUAUGGCAAGUGAAAAAAUAACAAACACCCCGUUCAGUAUGUUUCCAUGGACUGGCUGACCCACAGGGAAAGGUGGUCCCCUGUAGAAAAACACUGUAAAAUAACAGACUGAAAAAAACUGUUGGGAGAAAACUAAGGCUGUAAAGUUUUCUCUUCACAAAGCUCUCAUUUAUAUUUGGGCUAGAAUUCAUAAACGUUCCUUAACAACUACUGACAGGUCCUUUUUACUGCACUUCUAGUUUACUUGUGGUGGUUUUGCUAAAAAAAACCAACCCUAACAUACCACAUUCCAGGGGCCACUGUCCUAAAGGGACAGUAUUUGUAUGUCUUCUGAGUGAAAACAUUUUAUCUAGAGUUCCUUGCAUUAUCCUUCAACAAUGUCAUCAUGCUGCUUGGGCUUUGCUGGACAACAUUCCUAACACGGUGGGAGCAUUUAAACAAGCAGCAGCCAUGCUUGAUAUGAGACACUGCACUUCCAAAUAACUCUUACUUUUCCUCCAUUGUGUCAGAUUCCUGUAUUUUUUAUCUUGUUAUCUUGUUAUUUAAUGGUGCUUGUAUCUCUGUAGAAAUGAAUGUACAUACGUCUUACUGGCUUCAGUUGUUGAUUAUACCACUGCUGCUGGUAAGUCUUUGUCCAGACACUUAAGCUGACAGCAAUACUUAGUGCUUAGCAACAUGAUAAUUAACCCCUAAAUUUAGCCACAGUAAUGACCUAGUGUAGAACAUACUCCAUAGUAAACUCUGUGUGUACAUUGAACAGCCUUACAAUAACAGGAUGUUUAAGAAUUUUCAACUAAAAAGAAAUCCAAAUGACUUUUAAAGCAGUUGUUAAGGGGCUGGUAUGUCUGAGCAAAUUUGUUAUACAGAGAAGUUAGGACUUGUUCUUGCCAGUUGUGUAUGAGAGAAGCCUGCAGGGAUUAAUAAAUUUAAAAUUUGACAUUUCUGGAAGCUUGUUGUGGGAUUUAAUUGACGUUGUUUUUCUCUGUAUAAGCAGCAGGUUUCCUGUUAGAUUUAGCUGCUCUUUCUGUGAACCGCAUUUCCCGUUCAGUCGUUGACUUUGGACGUACACGUGUGAUGUGUUUCAGUGGGAGGAGGCAAGGUGCUUAAAUAAGCGGCACCCACAGAUCACUCGGUAACUUGAGAGGUGGGCUAUAAAUACUCCUAACCUUUCCUGUGUGUGCCUGUUUUCAUGUGUUUGGUCAGAGGUUGGUACAGGCUGCUCUGGCUGUUCAGGACAAUACAGAUCUGGGCCCGGGUCCCGGUCUUUCCGUGGUUUUUAUUAACUGUUGACUCCUAAAGUCUUUUGCGCAGUCACACCCAGAAAUGCAGGAGAGGAAUCCUUGUUCUGAUUUAAGGAGUUCUGCGGCUCAGCUCACCUGGGUUCACGGUUAGAAAAAAAUGCUCCUGCUAAUGACAUGUCUUUUGCAAGUGAGUGCCAGGUUUCCAGAAAUCAGCGUGACUCUCAGAUUUCUGCAGUUCCAACAGCAGUCCCUCCUUCCAACCCAUCCGGAGUCAGAUCCCAAUUCCUACUGCACAUGUCAUGCCAUCCACGGCCGGAUCCCCGGCCUCUAAGCCCCAGUCAUGUGUCCAGGAGGACUGUCUGUCCUCACUUGAGGGCCACAGAUCUUCUUCUGGUUCCCGGACCCCGAGCGGCUCCACCUCCAAGUCUUCCUCUCUUUCCAAAUCAGCCUCGUCACCCAACUUGGAUGCUCAGCCAGGUGUUGGAAGCGACCCCAUUGGGCCAAAGCCAGACUGCCUGAGCCGCUACCGCAGCCUUGUCAAUGGGCUGGACCAUUCACUUUUCCCCACAGACAACACACGCUUGGAUGACGGCCAAAGGUUUGACACUCCGGCAGUAGAACCCACUCUAAAUCAGUCCUCUCUGUUGGGGGGGUUAUGCCCUGAUGUCAGACUCCGAUUGCAGAUGAGUGGGAUUAGAGAGGGCCCAGACUGUGUGUCUGAGGCCUACAGAGGUGGCAUGGAGCACAGCUAUAAAGUUUUGCCCGAAGUUAGGCCUGGUGUCGCGGGCUCAUCAGAAGCCUCCAAUCAGAGGGGCAGUCUGACUUCUGGAGUGUACUCAACCCCCCUGAAUCUGCAGACACAGGCUCUGCUGAGGGAGCACGUCAGCUCCAAGGCUUACGAGCCUCUGCGACAGGAUAGAUGUAGCGAUCUGUCCAGCUGGCAACAACAGCAGCAGCAAAAACAGCAACUGGAGAGUUUACGCCUGCAAGUGGAACAAAUGCAGUUAUUGGGUGGUGGAGUGAGUCAGUACCCAGCCAUGUUCUCAAACCCUGUUCACUCUGAGGCUGGCAAGUGGGACGCCCUGGUGAAAGCCAGCGAGAGUCUGUUAAAGGAAAAGGAACUCAUCAUUGAGAGACAACAGCAACACAUGGCCCAGUUGGAGCAGCGACUGAGGGAAAGUGAGCUGCAGGUUCACGGAGCCCUCCUGGGCCGAGGGUCUUCUUAUGGAGACAUGUGCAUGCUCAGGCUGCAGGAGGCCCAGAGAGAGAACGCCUUCCUGAGAGCACAGUUUGCUGAGCGCACUGAUUGUGCAUCACUGGAGAAAGCAGAAGCCGAGCGCAGACUGGGAGCCGUUGAAGCAGAAACGAGACGACUCACCGACAGUCUGAAAGAGGCCUGUGAGAGACACGCAGAGGAAAUGAAGAAACAGGAAGAGAGGAUCCGCAGCCGAGACAAACACAUCAACAACCUGAAGAAGAAGUGUCAGAAAGAAACCGAGCAGAAGAGGGAAAACCAGCAGCGCAUCGAGACUCUGGAGCGAUACCUAGCAGACCUGCCCACACUGGAGGACUACCAGAGUCAGAACAAACAGCUCCAAGAGGCGGAGCUGGAGGCAGCCAAACUUCAGGAGAAAGCAAAGGAACUGGAAGGCUGUCUGGAGGCCACGCGCUCACAACUGAAGGAGAAAGACGCACAGCUGGAGGAGCAGAAACGCAGGGAGAGGGACCUCCUGACCACCAUCACUGAUAUGCAGCAGCGUGUGCAGCAGGGCCUGGAGGACGGAGCCAGACUGCCGUCUCUGGAUUUUGAGAAGCUCAGAGCUGAGAACAACACUUUGAGAGAGGAACAGCAGAGACUGAAGAAGGUAAUCGAGAAACAACAUCGUAUGAUGGAACAGCUGGGAUCCCAAAUACAGACUUUGGAGGAGCAGAUUUCUCAGGAAGAGAGCAGCUCACAGGCUCUCAGAGAAGAGGUGUUGGCUAAAGAGCAUAACAUGUUGGAGCUUCACACAGCCAUGAAGGAGCUCUCCACACAGAACCAGGAGCUGAUGGAGCAGAAUCUGACUCUACAGGAGCAGAUGAGCGACCCAGAGAGGAGGAGCAGCAACCAGGCCUCCUCCGCCCUGCAGCCCGCUGGGGCUCGUCUCACACAGAGGCUACAUCUAGAAAUCGCCUCCUGCCUCAGUGACCUGCGCUCCCUGUGCAGCAUCCUGACCCAGAGAGCUCAAGGACAAGACCCAAACCUGUCCCUGCUGCUUGGACUCACUUCUCCUCCAGUGAUGUCAGAACAGGAAGAGGACUGGAUGAGUCCGGAGGUGCUGCAGAAGAAGCUGGUGGAAGCUCAGCAGCUCCGCCGAGACGUUGAAGAACUUCGCAACGUAAUACUGGACCGUUACGCACAGGACAUGGGCGAAAACUGCAUCACCCAAUAAUCCUCCGCCCAUUUCUGUAGCAUCAAACACAAGACUGUCUUUCAUGGCUACUUACUGACUGACAGGAUGUGGACUGUAUUUCAGUUUUCUUAAAAUGAGGACAGAGCAAAGCCCCAAUGGUUUGACUCCUGCUUCUCCCAACUGACUGAACGUAGAAUCCCACGUCUCUCUUCAGCUCAGAACACUCCCCACUCCUCCCCCCAACGAGUUCAUCUAUUUCUGUCCAAGGGCUAAGAGAAAAUAACUUACCUUUAAUACUUGAUCCUUUAAACAUUUAUGUGUGUGCGUGUGUUUUAAUGAUGAUGAUGACAUGAUGCUAUCUAAUACCAAACAGUCUUAUACCUUUUUAUGUUCCACUCAAGUGGAUGAUUAUUUGUGUUAAAAGUCCCACAUGUGUAAUUUAUUUAAAAAAACGUUUUCCCUCUUGAGGGGAAUUUUGCAAUUUCUAGUUGACAAUCAACUGACUUUUUAUUAACCUGAGCUUUUUUUAAAAAACUGUAUUCAAGAGGACAUGUUGCUGAAAUGCCAUUAUUUAAAAUGGUGAAAACAGUGACAUUGGACCCAGCUGCGAUUUGAAAAGAGGAAACGAGUUAAACAACGGUUCAGAAAUCCUACUCGGCUUCUCACACCACCACCACCACCAGGCCUGAAACAAUUUUGUUACCAAAGAAAACUCUAGUCGGAGCAGUUGUGCAGGUCUGUGAAUGUCUGUGAAUACUCCUCUGCUGCAGGACUUUUUUUCUUUAAAUACCAACAUGUGCCUUUCACUCACAUUUUGCAAACACGAAGCUAAUUCAGUGUAGACCAACCAGAGAAGGGCUGUUUGCUGCAGACUCUUCCAUUCUGACUCCUCUCUGUCUUUCUGUCUCAGUGUGUGAACCACCAGGAUCAAUAAUACAUUCCCUGACUCUGAAUGUAGCAGAAAACUGUGGGCCUUGUCACUGAGUUUUUUUUCUCUUUUUUCCUUGGUAGAUAAAUGAAGUGAAACUUAUCUCACGAGUCUGGGUGGUCUCUAUAGAAUCUGCUCUCCGUAGAAGAAAUACCUUCAUGUAGACUGUACAUUUCAGGUGACAUUGGCUUCAACAGUGUGUUCAUGUGUAUGCCAGUAUUAACCUUGAGUAUUAUUUAUUGUUUUUGUUUGCAUUGACAACUUGGUGUGAAAGUGUUUUUGGUUUCCCUCAUGUUUUGCGUUCAUAAUGUGCUAAUGUUUGAGCAAACCUGGCAACAACGGUGUUUAAAGGUCCCCUGAAGUGUCUGAGAGACUCCAAUUGUUUUACACUUGAAAGGCAGAGCUGCAGUUGUCAGGCAGCUGUAUCCAGGCACAGGAAAAAAUACUUAUUCUACGUUGUGGUUGGUCCAUGAUGUGAGCGAGGGGUUGGCUGGAUCAACCCCCAAAAACUGAUCACUUUGUCUUUUGUGAGAUUUUAUAUUUGUCCUGAGUACGUAUGAAUCCAAGCCAUUACAAAUCUGGAUACUUUACACAUUUAGGUAUUCAAAAUAUGAUAUGAAUAUGCAACGGUGUGACCCACCUGGGGCUGAACAAGCCAUUUUUCAUUUCAUGGGACCUUUAAACUCAAGUAGCAAUCGAUUUAUCAUAGGAAAGUCAGGUUCCGCAUGCCUUAACUUAACAUCUCAGCGCGUUUUGCGAAAAGGGAAAAGAUGUUUAUAUUUUCAUACUUUUUGUCCUUGUUUGUAUUGCAUAUUUUAGAAAUAAAGACUUUCAACUUU